AAUCCCUAUCUACAAGUGCAAUGACACUCCCCUAAUUUCCAAGCUUUAAGACUCUCUCUCUCUCUCUCUCUCUCUCUCUCUCUCAAUGGAAGGAUGGUGCUGCCAUUGGUGCUGCUUCUGUUGUUCUCUUCUUCUCUUGGUCAUGCCGGCACACCACCCUAUGAGAUACCGUCCAGUUGCAAUGAGAACCAGGAGUGCCCUCCUUACCGAGUUGUGGCAUAUGACAAGGGCAACGCCUUUGAGAUAAGGCAGUACGAGUCGCCCGUGUGGGUGUCUUCCGUCCCCGUUAAUGGCAGCUUCUCUGUUGCAUCAAUCAUCGGCUUUGCCAGCCUUUACUCCUUCUUUGGUGGGAACAACGAUGCCGACAUGUCAAUCCCACUAACCGGACCAACUGUGACCAAAGUCUCAUCAUCCUCAACAGGAACUCCCACCUGCACAGUUUACUUCUAUGUACCAAAGAAGAUCCAAGAGAACCCACCAUCUUCUCAAGAGACACAGGUUGUCCGGUGGCCGGCCGGCCAUCAUGCGGCAGUCCGGCGAUUCAGCGGCGUUGCUGGUGACGUAAACGUCCCUCUAGAAGUAGAGAAGCUCAAGCAGAGUCUGCAGGGCUCCCCUUGGCAAGGGAACACCACUUCCCCAGACUAUCAUGUUGCAAGCUUUGUCAAUCCCUUGUUGCAAGGAGAUGAUUCCAUCAAUGAGAUCAUGUUCAUUUUCGAUCAAUAA